CAGGCGCUGCCCGGCCGCCUCUCCGGGGUCCUGGCGCGGCGCGGCGGCCCGUUGCCGUACAGCAUGGCGGCGCUGUGGCGGAGGCGGCGGCGUCUCCUAGGAGCGGCGGGGCUGUGCCGUACGGCGCGAGCCCUCUCAGGAAAGCCGGAAUAUGAUCUUCUGGUAAUAGGUGGAGGAUCUGGAGGCCUGGCUUGUGCAAAAGAAGCUGCUCAGUUUGGAAGGAAAGUGGCCGUUUUGGAUUAUGUGGAACCUUCUCCACAAGGAACCAAAUGGGGACUUGGUGGAACUUGCGUGAAUGUUGGUUGCAUUCCUAAAAAGCUCAUGCAUCAAGCAGCCCUUUUAGGGAGUGCCCUUAAAGAUGCCCAGCACUACGGCUGGAAUAUAGCCCACCCUGUUCAUCAUAACUGGUCAGAGAUGGCACAAGCUGUUCAGAAUUAUGUGAAGUCCUUGAACUGGGGACACAGAGUGCAGCUACAAGACAAGAAGGUGAAAUAUUUCAACAUGAAAGGGAGUUUUUCAGAUCCACAUACAAUCCGUGGUUUAACAAAAGGAGGUAAAGAGACUAUUAUUACUGCAGAAAAAAUUGUCAUUGCUACUGGAGGAAGACCAAAAUAUCCUACACACGUUGCAGGUGCACUGGAGUAUGGAAUCACAAGUGAUGACCUGUUCUGGUUAAAAGAAUCUCCUGGAAAAACGUUGGUUGUUGGAGCCAGCUAUAUUUCACUUGAAUGUGCUGGUUUUCUAACUGGCAUUGGACUAGACGCUACAGUCAUGAUGAGAAGUAUCCCACUUCGUGGGUUUGAUCAGCAAAUGGCAUCUUUAGUAACAGAGUACAUGGAAUCUUACGGCACAAAAUUUUUAAAGAAAUGUAUCCCAACGAAAGUUGAAAAAUUGGAAAGCAACAGAUUACAAGUCACCUGGAAAAAUACUGACUCGGGCACAGAAGAAACGGAUUCCUUUGACACAGUGAUGUGGGCAGUAGGUCGGGCUCCUGACACCAAAGCUCUCAAUUUGGAGACAGUUGGAGUGAAAACUAAUUCUGAAACUGGAAAGAUCAUUGUGGAUGCCAGUGAAGCUACUUCUGUUCCUCACAUUUACGCAGUUGGAGACAUAACAGAGGGGCGUCCUGAAUUGACACCCACAGCAAUAGCUGCAGGAAAACUGCUGGCUCAGCGUCUUUUUGGCCAGUCUUCAGAAUUGAUUGACUAUGACAAUGUACCUACUACAGUUUUUACUCCCUUGGAAUAUGGUUGUGUUGGGCUGUCUGAAGAAAAGGCCGUGCAGUGUUACGGAUCAGAUAAUAUUGAGGUAUACCAUGCAUAUUAUAAACCUUUAGAGUUUACAGUGGCUGAAAGAGAUGCAACUCAAUGCUAUAUGAAAAUGGUGUGCUUACGAGAGAGAGAGCAACGAAUCCUUGGCCUUCAUUUCAUUGGACCAAAUGCAGGCGAAGUUAUUCAAGGAUUUGCUCUUGGAAUCAAAUGUGGUGCUACCUAUCCUCAACUAAUGAAGACAAUUGGCAUUCACCCUACCUGUGCUGAAGAAAUUACCAAGUUGCAUAUUACAAAACGUUCUGGCUUGGAUGCAACAGUCACAGGGUGCUGAGGUUAAAUACCAUCCCUGGAAAGAAGGAAGAAAAGCACAAAAUAUAGCUGAAAAGAAAAUGGACACUUGAGUUGAAACAGAUGACUCAAUGAAACCCAAUGGCUGGAGUUCCAGAAAUCUUUCUCAUUCUUCCUGUAGACAGCUUUUUCUCAUAGCCAGACAAAGAAAUUGUCUUCACACCAACAGAGUUUUAAAGCCAAUGCAGUUGUGCUGUGACAAAUCUCUCUUCCAAAGUGCAUAUAAUUAUUUUGUUAGGAGCUUGGGGAUAAUCACAGCUUUAAGUAUAAAAGUAUAUCUGAAAUCAUUAAUAUCUUGAGGCCUUCUAAAAUUUAAGCAGUUGUUGUCUGGGUUUCCAGGUUGGCAUGGCUGAAUGCCAAUAGAAUUUUCUCGCACUGUUUGUGUACAGAUGCCAGGCAUCAGACAGGGCAUCCCUUAGAAUUUUGUUGAUGGUCCUUUCUCCGAAGUACUUGGAUAAUUCAUUACUGAUCCUGAUAUUGAAUAUUGAAUCUUUCUGCUCACUAGCAGAAAAGAGUUCCCAGUGUAUGCAACAAUAGCUAAGCAAUCAUCUCUUUUUUUUUUUUUUUUAAACCUUCAAAAUAUAUAAUAUCUCACAAAUUACUGCUUGAACAGUGUAUAUUAAGCAAUGUUGAAAAGUAGAAUCAAAGCCACUAAUAAUCCAGCUCAUGCAGCAUUUUUUGUUUGUUUUAGAAUGUGGAAGUCUGGCCGAUGAAGUGGUGUAUUUUCCAUUGGUUUUGUUUUUAAUACUUUCUAACUGAUGAGCUGGAUUCUCCUUUCGAGUGGAUUUAGAUAAAAGCAUAUGUUACUGAAGGGAACUAUAUUAAACAGUGAACUCAAAAAGAAAUGGCCCUGCUCAGAACACACAUGGAAAAUAAUUAUCUGCAAAUUCUUUUUUCAGAGAAUUGGCCAGAGUAAGAAAGCAUUAAUCUAUUGCAAGUUUCUUGAUGCAAGUUUCUCAUUAUUUUCCUGCUAUCCACAAGGGGGAGAUGCUGGCUAAUUUGUGGCAAGGAAGAAACAAAUUGAUAGUGAAGCUUGUUCUGCAGAAGCCUGUUAAAUAGGUAGCAUGACAAAGCCACAACGCAAAACAAACUUCAUUGAAUUUCAAUCCAAGUUGCAGUUGCCAUCAUGUUGAUCUGCACAGUCAGUUUCUUGCAUAGUGGAAUUGUACGUGUAGGAAAGGGAGAAACUAGCUUUUUGGUAGAUCAGAAUGUAUACUUUUAGCAAUUAAUUUAUAUCAGUGUUUUUGCAUGUGCAAUUUGAUGUUUUCAUAGCUGUCCUAUGUUGCAGCACAGUCAAACGAUUAAUUUAUUUCAAGUGUGAAACAGUUCUUUACUGUGAAAAUUGUACCUGUCAGAGAAAUUAUUGCACAAAAAUUGAUAAGGCAUUCUAAAAUAUGCAGUAAUAGCAUUUGUCACACUCUUAUUUUCACUAGAACACUCUGUUUUUGAGGAUUUGUUCUGGCUUUAACGACAAAAGAUACUAAAUGUUUUCAAAGUUCUCUGAUAUUUCUGAUCCAUGAAAAAGGAAGGGUUGGUGCAAUUUGACUGCAAGUGGCAUUUCCUAUCAGAUCUGCUGUUGCAAUUUUUCGUCUAUGAAAUAAGCUUGUAGUUGAAAAAAAAAAUCAAAAAUUCUUUGAAUGGAAUUGUAGUCACAAUACUACCUAAAUAUUGCCUUUAGAGGAAAUAGUAUGAAAUCCCAACUAGAAGGAAAAACAAACAAAACAAAUAAAUAAAACACUAGAUUUUCCAAGCUGUAAAAAUGUUUGUAGUAAGCUUGUUUUUUGAAAAUAUUUCACUUAAUAUUUUGAAACGUUGAGAUUCUGAGCAUCUCAGACUACAGAGAUUUUGUGUUGAGAAACAUCCCACCUCUGACUAAACUGAUGUGAUGUGUGUGAGAUAUUUUUUUUCCCUACUGUUUACGUAUUACAGUUCCUUUUGCAACCCUGAAUGAAAAUAUCAGCGGUCAGUCAUGUGAAAGUGUCUUCUCUUCCCUGUCCUACUAAUGCAUCCAGCAGACUUUAUCUGCCCCACAGACAUAUCAAUGGGAAGAUGUUUGUUUCAUUCAUCGUAAAUUUGAAAAUGAUUUGAGACAACUAGUAAAGAGAUCUCAAGGAAAUGUGUCCUCAAUAUAUUUGGUGUUUGAAACUAAGUCCUGUCAGCAUCCUUGAAAUAAUAGAACUCUCUUGGUUUUAGAAUUAUGUUGACUGCAUGAAAACAGAUCCUGUAUCUUGAACUGCAGCCUAGUUCUCUUCCUCAUUUAGUGGAAAAUGUUGCCACCUGAAGUGAAAUUAAAUGUCCAUUCGCACCUACAGAACCCUAAUGUCAGAAUCAACAGUAAGAUAGAAAAAUGACUGCUAGUAUGUUUUGUGCUUUUUUUCCUGAAGGAUUCUUUGAGGAACUCUCCAGGGAUGGUCCUUAAGAAUUGUUUUUAAAAGCCUGACUAAUGUCAAUUGGAAUGGCUGAUGUAUGCCACAAAUUAUUAUUACAUGUGAAAGUUAAAAAUAAUUUUAGUCGGGCUUUUUCUCAGGAUGCCAGCUGAUGAAGUCUUGUUUGUCAAACCACAGCAUGGUGCAGACAAGUCUGAGCAUUGCUGGGUCCCUCAUACGUAUUAUCCUGAUAUUUAUUGUGAUGUGAAUUAACAAAUUAAUAAACGUCGUAUUUUUUACUAA